CAGCAGAGAAAGAGUCUGUAUUUAAAAUACCAGUUAUAAGCUCUGUGAUAUCAGAAGCAACCAGUGAGCACCAGCUGCUCUGUCACAACUCUCAUGUAGCUGAGAGCCAAGAUGAGGAAGAAUACCAGGAUGGAGACUCAGGAUCAACUAGAAACACAGAGCUUCAAGCAGAGAAAAGACAUCAUGAAAGUGAAAUGAACAGUAACAGUCCACACACCUCUGCUGUGAUAAACUUAAAUACAGGUAAAAAGCCUUUAAAAUGUGACAUAUGUGGGAAAGUUUUUGAGUUCAAGUCAAAAUUGCAGAGACACCUGAACAGCCACACAGGUGAGAAGCUGUUUUCUUGCAAAACAUGUGGGAAAAGAUUCAAUGUGAAGUCAGUAUUGAAACGGCAUUGUAGAGUCCACACAGGUGAGAAGAAGCCACAUACUUGUAAAGUGUGUGGGAGAGCUUUCACACGUAAUUGUCACUUGUUAGUCCACAUGAGGACUCACACAGGUGAGAAGCCGUAUACUUGUACAGUAUGUGGGAGAGGUUUCGUACGUAAUGAUUACUUAUUAGUCCACAUGAGGACUCACACAGGUGAGAAGCCGUAUACUUGUAAAGUAUGUGGGAGAGGUUUCGGACGUAAUGGUGACUUGUUAGUCCACAUGAGAACCCACACAGAUGAGAGGCCGUGCCUUUGCAAGAUCUGCGGGAAAAGAUUCAGGAAUGUGUCCGCAUUGACAAAGCACAUGAGAAUCCACACAGGCGAGAAGCCAUUUAUAUGUAAAACGUGUGGGAGAGGUUUUACAGUGAAACGUUGCCUGACUAUCCACAUGAGAAACCACACAGGUGAGAAGCCCUACAUUUGCAAGACCUGUGGGAAAAGAUUCAAAGACGCAUCAGUAUUGAAAAGGCAUUGUGGAAUCCACACAGGUGAGAAGCCACAUAUUUGUAAAGUGUGUGGAAGAGCUUUCAGACGUAAUGGUGUCUUAUUAGUCCACAUGAGGACUCAUUCAGGUGAGAUGCCGUAUACUUGCAAAACAUGUGGGAAACACUUCAGAUCUAGGAGUAACUUGACAGUCCACAUGAGGACGCACACAGGUGUAAAGGUGCAUGACUUGAGCACAGAGGUUCCAGUUGAAGUCACACAUAUACAGGAGAGAGAGUGUUUACAUGCAAAACAUGUGGCAGGGCUUUCAGAGGCCUGUUCCAUAAAGCAU